GUACACGGCAGACGGAAGUUUCGUUCCCGUCUAGGUCACGCAACAGAAAUCGGGUCACGAGCAGAAUUUGCGGUGGCAGUUUGACAUUACAGGAAUCAUUUAACCAAAACAACUGUGCAAAUGACCGAAAAACCGUGACGAUACAGCUCGGGGAACAUAUCGUUCCACUUUCACGAUGGAUAUGUCUGGGAACGACACUAUCUCUAAAGAGGGAAAUGGAAAAGCCAGUCGGGUUAUCCGCAUGGGAACAAGGAAGAGCCAGCUGGCUCGCAUUCAAACUGACAGUGUGGCCGGCACACUAAAACAACUUUAUCCAGACGUUCAUCUAGAGAUUGUUGCCAUGUCCACAAUUGGAGACAAGAUCCUGGACACUGCAUUAUCAAAGAUUGGCGAAAAGAGCCUCUUCACCAAAGAGCUGGAGAACGCGCUUGAGAGAAACGAAGUGGAUAUUGUGGUGCACUCUCUAAAGGAUUUACCUACCUCAUUGCCCCCUGGAUUCACUAUUGGAGCCAUUCUUGAGCGUGAAAAUCCCCAUGAUGCAGUGGUGCUUCAUCCAAAAAAUGCUGGACUGACCCUUGACAGCCUGCCAGAGAAGAGUGUGAUUGGCACAAGUUCACUCCGUAGAGCAGCUCAGCUGAAGAAACGAUUUCCUCAGCUGGAGUUUGAAAAUAUUAGAGGGAACCUGAACACCCGUUUAAAGAAGCUGGAUGAAAAGGAUGACUAUGCUGCUAUCAUUCUCGCUGCUGCAGGCCUCAAACGUAUGGGCUGGGAAAGCAGAAUCAGUCAGGUUCUGGGCCCUGAAGAUUGCAUGUAUGCUGUGGGUCAGGGAGCUCUGGCAGUGGAAGUCCGAGCUCAAGAUAAAGACAUUCUGGAAAUGGUGUCCGUCCUGCAUCAUCCACACACAGUCCUACGCUGCAUCUCAGAAAGAGCUUUCCUCAAACAGCUGGAAGGAGGCUGCAGUGUACCUGUUGCUGUUCAUACUGAAGUCAAAGGGUCUAUGCUCUAUCUGACUGGAGCUGUGUAUAGUUUGGAUGGAGCUGAUUGUUUGAAGGACACCAUGCAGACGUGUGUGGAAUUGGACAACAAAGUAAACAAAAGUGCACCGCACUCUGCAAAUGUUGGAGUCACUGCCUGCAAUAUCUCAUCAUCAGCCCUCGAAGCUGCUGAGAAACUGGGGUUGGAUCUGGCAAACGUUCUCCUUAAUAAAGGAGCCAAAGACAUUCUCACAACAGCCAGGAAACUAAAUGAUGCUCGAUAGCUCUGGUGUUUCUGUUUUUUCAUGUUGUACACUGGAAUAUUAUUAGACCUAGUUAUUUAGGGAAUUUUGACAUGCUGUUAACUUGGAUCAACAGUCAAUUCAACAAUAUCUGAAUACUACCAUGAUUAGAUGAAUAUGUGGUUUUUAUCUAUACCUCAGUGCCUUGCUUUAACAGAGACGCUACUUUUGGCAGGCUGUUCACACUGUUCUGACUGCCAUUCUCGUCUCAUGCACUGAGUUUUGUGUAAAAAAAAAAACCCUAUGCUGCCUUUACAGCAUAGGUCUCAAAUUCAAUUUCUGGAGGGUUUCAGCUUGGCAGUUUUGCUCCAACCCAAUCAAACACAGCUGAUCCAAAUAAUCAAGGUGUUGAAAAUAGUCAUGAAUACCCUCAUUAGUUGCAUCAACUGUGUUUGAUUAGGGUUGAAGCAAAACUGCAGAGCUGCAACCCUCCAGGAAUUGAGUUUGAGACCUACGCUUUACAAUACCUAUGAACCUCAUUAAUACGAGGAAGUGAAAAAAUGUCUACUUUUUAGAUCUGAGCUUUUUUUCCAUGUAGAAUUUAAUAUCUUUCACGUUUACGUACAGAAUUAUACAUUUGUAAGCAUAUGCCACAUUUCCUUUAAUCACAGGAAAAAUAUUCCUGUAUUAAAGUACCGAGGUGCUAAGAUUUCAUGGGUGUUUGGGCACCACAUAAGGUUUUUACUGGCAAAAUGAGCGGUCUAAGUUCAAGUUAAUAUUUUAUAUUUAUGUAGUAGGCUGUAAACUGCCUUCCAACUGUGUAAUUGAUCAGCUAUUCUAUAGCAAUUACUUGACCAGCGACAUUGUUUGGUCAAAUCAACAAUAGAAUGUAUCAAGAAUAAAAUAUAUCAACAA